AUGGACCUCUGUGACCGCGGACUGCUACUAGAUCACAGUGUUGAGUCCAUCUUCUACCUCUUCCCCCGUCUCUCUGAGCUGGCUGAUGAUGAGUGGCUUCCUGUGUGGAAGUUUGAGAAGCUGGUGGCGUUCUCCCAAGGCCCCUCCACUCUGCCCCUGAGGAACCCCAGUCCGGAGCUGGGGCUGGUGCCGCCAGGAGACUGGGUCCAGCAGGAUAAAGGUGAGCAGGAGAGGGAGGAGUGCUGGACGGAGGUGCAGAAGAAGAUGACCCCUUGGAGGCUGGGGAUGGUGGAGCAGGGCCCAGAGCUGCAGCUGGCCCCCCAGCAGAGGGCUGCUCGUCUGGGGAAGCUCCACAGCGCCCUCCUGGUGGUGGCCUCGCUCAUAGACAAGCCCACCAACCUGGGAGGAUUGUGUCGGACUUGUGAGAUCUUCGGAGCUAGUGGACUGGUUCUGGACAGCCUUCGCCACGUCAGCGACAAACACUUCCAGUCCCUGAGCGUCUCAGCGGAACUCUGGCUCCCCCUGCUGGAGGUGAAGCCUGCAGAGCUGUCCCGGUUCCUGCUGCAGCAGAAGGAGAGGGGCUACUGCAUCGUGGGGGUGGAGCAGACCGCCAACAGCCACAGUCUGCAGGACUACCGCUUCCCUGAGAGGACCCUGCUGCUGCUGGGGAACGAACGUGAGGGAAUCCCUGCGCCCCUGCUGCAGCUGCUGGACGUGUGUGUGGAGAUCCCCCAGCAGGGCGUGGUGCGCUCCCUCAACGUGCACGUCAGCGCCGCCCUGCUGGUGUGGGAGUACACCCGCCAGCACCGGGCCCCCCCGGGAGGGCCAGGGGGGCCAGGGGGGCCAGGGGGGGCCCACCCCAGCAAGGCUCUGUGAGGAUGGUGGCGUGGUCGGUCAGAUGAAUGACCUUGGUGAUCAGAGUGCUGUUCCUGUGGUUGGAGAGGUGUGUGUUAGCUGGUGUGUGUUAGCUGGUGUGAGUUAGCUGUUGUGAGUGUGAUACUGGACCUGUAAGGUCACUGCCACCUGCAGCCUGGUCAGACACACAACCUCCAGGCUAAUGUUUUAGUGCCAUUUGACCCGAGUUGCCAAAAGGAAGACCUACCAAAUUUACAGCAGCAUAUUUGUAUGUGUUUUAAAGUCUGUUUGCCUGUAUGUGUCUGUGUGUGUGCGCGUGUGUGUGCAGGCAUGCAUGCACAUGCGUGUGUUUCUUGUCCACAAUGUGUGGUCUUGAGGAUGUAACAGUGUUUUGAUAUCCUACUUCCUGUUCCACCUUUGAACAGAGGGUACUUCAGGUUGUAAAGACUGUUUCUGCUCAGGUUGGGUUGUGAAGGCCAGCUGUCGUCUCAUCAUGUUGUCAGAUUAUCUGAAUAGUCCUUUUGACCCUGUUCUCCUGUGACAGAUGCAGCAUAUUCAGUUCAACUUCAAGGAUUAGUCUGACGGGAGUAUUGCAUCUGAAUAUUAUUAUUUGUACUCCGCCAGACCCGCGGCUCCAUAUUCAUGUCUAGAUACAGAAACGUGACAGGAUUUCACUGCGUCCCAGUUUCCCAGAGUGACGGAAGACAAGUGCCAGUCUCUGCUCAACACACACACAAUGUUUAUUUAACUCGUGUUAGCCGCCGUGUUAGACUCCUUGCUGGUUGUAUUGAGUGAUCAA